AUGUCCUCUAUCACUGUAGAUACCAAUGACUUUUCUGAUCCUCACUUUGACCCCAAGAAAUGGAUCAACUCUGUAUUGAAACCUACUACAUCGAAUACACCUAAAGACCCAAACGACGAUGGAGGAGCCAAAAAUACAACUAUUCUCGUCACUAAACUACAGAUUGCUAGCGAUACUACCUCACGCCAAUUUGACCAGCUUUCAACUACAGUGAUCAAAUCGAUGCCCCGUAUAUUAUAUGACCUCAAACUCAUCUCAGAUGAUGCAAAGUCGAUUCAUCAGGGCGUAGAGGCUGUAAAGAAGAACUUGGGCUUGCUAGAAGGCGAUACAGAAGCAGCUCUGGAUAGUUUACGUCGACCCCAUAUAGCAAAGACACGCAUGGAAGAAUGUCGCAUAUUGCUGUUGAAGAAAUCGGAUCAUUUGAACAAGAUCAAGGAAGAACAAGAAAAGAAAAGACAAGCAGCAGCGGCAGAAGCAGCAGCGGCAGCAAAGUUGCUGGAGGAAGAGCAUCGUCAACAAUCAUUAUUGGCAGAGCAAGAGGAGGAAAAGACACGAGAGGAGCAAGAGAGAAAGAGAAAGGAACUGGAAGAGAUGGAAGCUGUCAAGAAGCAAAAGCAAGCUGAAGAGGAAGAGCAAAAGGAGAUUGACGAGGCAUUGGAGUAUGGACAUGUGCAGUUACCGCCAUUAAGACAACCACCACCCAAGCAACGCACAUUACAGCAAAUACAGAAUACAGCAGGUGUUUCAGAGCACCCUGAUGAUAAUAAUAGCUAUUUACAGCAAAUUUCUGAUUCCAUGACACCUCAAGUGAGUAAUGUGUUUAAAAGAAUCGGCGUACCAUUGGAUAAAUUUUGGCAAUAG